UUUUUCUCUCGCUCGCCGCCCACACACUUCACGUUUUCUCCCCUCACACACUCUCAGCACCACCGCUGUCCGUCCGUCCUCCGGCUCCUUCAUUAGACAGACACCUACCUAUACGGACAGUAACUGUGUGAGAGAGAGAGAGGGAGUCUCUGAGUGAGGAGGAGGAAAACACCCAGUCCGCCGAGCUUCGUGCUCGUUUGUGAAACGUGAGUAGAAAGAGGAAUGAAAGCGCGGAGCUCCGCAGUGUAACCCACAGGAGGAGGAGGAGGAAUAGGAGGACGGAGAACGGUUCUAGACACCUGCACAGAACCACGGAGGUUCUGCUGAGAGAACGAGACACUAAUACUGUAGAAUAGAGCCAGUUUUCUCCUCGACGGUCUGUGUUUUUGGAGACGCCGUAAUGAUGCCCACACGAGACAAGAUCAAGAAGAAGCCCCCCAAAGACAGCUUAACAUUAUUACCCUGCUUCUAUUUUGUAGAGCUGCCCAUCGUGGCCUCCUCGAUGGUGUCCCUGUACUUCCUGGAGUUGACAGAUGUGCUGCAGCCAGCACAGGUGGGCUUCCGCUGCCAUGACCGGUCCCUCAGCAUGCCGUAUGUGGAGAGCGGAGAGGAGCUUAUCCCCCUGCUGAUGCUGCUCAGUCUGGCCUUCGCUGGUCCUGCUGCUUCCAUCAUGAUUGGAGAAGGCAUUGUGUACUGCAUGCAGUCCAGACUCAAGAUACGGCCUGGGAACGAGGGUAGUAUCAACGCUGGCGGCUGUAACUUCAACUCCUUCCUGCGCAGGACUGUGAGAUUUGUAGGUGUUCAUGUGUUUGGUCUCUGUGCCACGGCGCUGGUCACUGAUGUCAUCCAAAUUGCCACUGGCUACCACACGCCUUUCUUCCUGACUGUGUGCAAACCCAAUUACACCUUCCCCGGAGUCUCCUGUGAGAAAAACCCUUACAUUACUAAAGACAUCUGCUCCGGCCAGGACCAGCACGCCAUUCUCUCCGCCAGGAAAACCUUUCCCUCCCAGCAUGCAACUCUUUCUUCCUUUGCUGCUGUUUAUAUUUCAAUGUACUUCAACUCAACUAUCUCAGACAGCACCAAGCUGCUGAAACCUGUGCUGGUGUUCGCCUUCGCUAUCGCCGCUGCCUUAACAGGCCUUACACAGAUCACUCAGUACCGCAGCCACCCCAUCGACGUCUACGUGGGCUUCUGCAUCGGCGCUGGCAUCGCUGCGUACCUGGCGUUCCAUGCUGUUGCUAACUUCAAACCAGCAGAAGACGCCAUUCCCCUUCCUGCCCCUCCUCCAAAGGAUGCCUUGCGAGUUCUGGCUCAACGAGGUCACGAUUCCGUCUACAACAAAGGCCAUCCCUCGGAGAGCAACGAGGAGAUCACAUCGCCCGCCUCUUUGGACGGACUCAACCGGCCCUUGCAGAGAGAGAAGGCUUCCUUGGGCAGCCUGAAGCGAGCAAGUGUGGACGUGGAGCUUCUAGCACCUCGCAGCCCGAUGGGUAAAGAGACUAUGGUGACCUUCAGCAACACUUUACCCAGGGCCACGGCUGGUCCUGAGGAACCUGUGCGACGUCUUGUGACGGUUCCUGUCCCUGUGCCUAUGGACCCCAUGCGCUCGCAACAGCUGGUCUCAGAGUGGAAGCAGAAGUCGAUGGAGAUGCGUAGUGCUAGCUUACAAAGUGAAGAGGGCAGCAAGGAGAGUUCAGAAGUGAGCGAAGACACUGGUGAUGAAGAACGUGCACCAUCUCCUAUGUACAAUACAGCUGUGCAACAGCAGCCUACCAGGCCAAGCAAUCCGCCAGCUGGAGCAAAGGUGGUGAUGCCUCCUAGGCCUCCUGCUCAGCCCUCCGUCCCUCCACCAGUGUCGCCCAAGAGUGCCAGUACCCGUGCCAAAUGGCUCUCCAUCACAGAGAAAACUGGUGCCAACGUUCCAGCUGCUCUCAGGUCAGGGAACCAACCUCGAAUCAUGCAGGUCAUUGCCAUGUCCAAGCAGCAGGGUCUCCUCUCAGGAACCCCCAAAUCUUCAGAGGCCUCGUCCUCCUCUGCCGCGUCCUCCGUUACGGGAACCGAGUCGCCUCCCUACCGCCCUCCAUCUGAACGAGACAGUAGUUCGGGGAUUAUCACUGUAGACGCCCAUGCUCCCCACCACCCAGUCGUCCACAUGGUGUCAAACCCCGUCAACCCCUGGGAGUGGAGGGGCACAUCGAAUGGGAACACGGGGGCUCCUGAGUCUUACGAACUGAACGACCUCAACCGCGAGGCUUCCAGGGGCUAUCGUCAGGUAAAGAACAGCUCGCCAUGCCCUUCCUACAGCGAGGUCGACCACGAGCCUCAACUUCCUCAUCCUCCCCAACCUCCUCAACCUCCCCAGCUGCCUCACCUGGAUCAAGCCAUGGAAGCACGCAGCCUGCGGCGCAAAACCCCUUUGGUGCUCUUAGAUCGGGAGAGCAGUCUGAGCCAGAGCGAGCACAGCGAGAACUUUUACAGAAAGCUGCAAAGUGGCCGACGCUUCAAAGACUGACGGGGCAUCGAGCAGGACAACCAAACGCAUGAACAUGAAGAUGCAGGGUGGACCAAUCUCGCUAUGCAUCAGUCUUUCAGACUCUUUCAGUCAUUUUGUACAUUUGAUUCGUUUUGAGGACUCGAGAGGGGAAAAACCUGAGCGGAUCCAUUAAGGAAGGCUGUAUUCCGAGGCUCUGUUUUUGGGAAUUGCUGCUUCCGACAACCUAAUGAGCACAACGGUUUUCAUCACACCUUUGCUAGACAGGAAUGCAAACCUACCUAUAGCACUCAAGACUCAAUGAAGGACGUCUACAUUCGUGUACUGUAUUUAUUACCAAAAUCAAUUUUUUUUCGAUUUUAAACGUUAAGAAAGGCAGAUCGUAAAUCCAGGAAUUGGCUAUUUUGUAUCGUGGCCUUUGCUCUGUUAAUACUCGAGUUUAAGCACAUUUGUUUGUGCUUAUGAUGUCAAGUGGAUUUCAUGUGUUUGUGUCUUUUAGUGGGUAUUAUUAUCUCAGUUAGUAAGCACUGCCUUGGGGAUAUUAAUGUUUUAUGAAGUUUAAAAAGAAAUUGACCUUCUCCUAAUGAAAGAGCGAGCUGGAUUUCUCCUGCUUUAAGAAACGUUUCGCACAGAAAUGCUAACUUGACGUAAACUUCAGUGAAUGAAAUGUAGAGGUAUAAUCUUGUUAGAAAGCCUGCAUGCUCAUUCGGGGAAAAUCUUUUUUAUACAGCGAUAAAAACAAAACAAAACAUGAUAGCACACAGAAAAAAAAUGCCAGAAGGAAAUUCUACAUAGUGUUGUAUUUUAUUGCGUGCAGUGUAAAUAAACACACUGUACCUCGUCUGGCAGCAGAUUUUAACCUGCAGGGGAGAUUAAAACAAUAUGUUUGGGCCUGCAGAAAGAGGUUUAGGGGGAAUUGGAAAUGCACUUAUGUAUAAUUCAACCGCUGAGAUGUAAACAAAGUGCAUUUUGAUGUGUCAGAGUGUGUUGGUGUGAAAGGAUUAUAGUUAUUCCCUAGAAUGCAAAUAGAGCCAGUUUAUUCACUACCCAAAACCCCCAGUGAACCUAUCACUGCUGCCAGGCAAAAAUCCUGUUGUCUAUCUCCAUUUUUAACUUUGAUUUACUUUAUGGUAAAUGGACCAAUGCUUUGACUUUCACUACAAAUUAGGCCUUUUCCUUCUCUUGUAAAAAAUUACAUUUUGGAGAUAUAAGGUUUUUACCAGACAGUGACAAUUAGAAAUGCUGAUAAAGGUGAAAAAAAUUGGUGGUAAUUUUGGAAAGGCAUUGACUCCUGUUUUGUAUCUCUCCACACUGCAAAAGUGAUUUUAGCUUAUUAGAAUAAGCUAAGAUAUUUUACACCAAACCACUCUGAAUAACUUUGUCAAUAUCGCUACAGCUUAAUUAUACACAGAUUUUUAAGAAUCGGUACGAUUCCCCUUUAAAGGACCAAGAAAUCGUUUAAACAGCACAUAUGAAAAUGAGCUAUAUUUCCUCACAAGAAGAGGUUGCUCAGUUUGCAGAAAAGAAGAAUACGAUUUUUUUGUCCUUGUGAAUAAGGAUCAAAUUUUUCUCAGCACUUAAAAAAAGCACAGGAAACUGCCCUAAGUGGCAGGUCGGUUACAGCAAUAGGGGGUUGUAAUAAGAGCGUUUUAACAAUUGAGUGGGUUCUUUGUGACAUUUGCAGUCUCCAUGUCUUGCUUAUUUCACUGGUGUAAGAAAGCCUGCGGCUCAUGCUCUUGUGCUGAUUGACUACUGCAUGUUAUGUAAGUGGUUGUCAAGUUGGAAGUUCAGCCUUGUCACAGUGAUGAAUUAAAAACGUUGU